AUGCAACAAGCUGCCUGCCCAGAACAGAGCAGGGGGGGUGGGGUGGGUGUAGUGUCUGGGACCGCCCCAUGCAGUCCAACAGUACACACUGGGAGGAGGAAGCCAGAGCAUCUCGAUAUCAACAUGGGAGCCUGCUGCUUCGACAAAAAGGAGAGGAAAAUAGGGAAUGCCUGGAGAAAGUUCAAGAGAAUGUUGAACCGGGAGUUGACGCACCUCUCGGAGAUGAGUCGAUCCGGGAACCAAGUCUCCGAGUUCAUCUCCAACACCUUCCUAGACAAACAGAACGAGAUGGAGAUCCCAUCGCCCACGUCCAAAACACGGGAGAAGAAGAAGCAGCAGAAGCAGCAGCUCAUGACCCAGAUCAGCGGCGUGAAGAAGGUGUCCCACGGGCCAUCCCUGUCCAGCAGCAGCAUAGCGCGCUUUGGGGUCAAGACCGACCGCGAGGAGCUGCUGUCCAAAGAGCUGGAAGACCUCAACAAGUGGGGCCUGAACAUCUUCACCGUGUCAGAGUACUCCCACCACCGGCCUCUCACCUGCAUCAUGUACGCCAUCUUUCAGGAGCGGGACUUGUUGAAGACGUUCAAGAUCCCAGCCGACACUUUUGUGGCCUACAUGAUGACACUAGAAGAUCACUACCACGCUGAUGUGGCCUACCAUAACAGCCUCCAUGCUGCUGACGUGGCCCAGUCCACGCACAUCCUCCUCUCCACCCCUGCCCUUGACGCCGUCUUUACUGAUCUGGAGAUUUUGGCCGCCAUCUUUGCUGCAGCAAUCCACGAUGUAGACCAUCCGGGAGUGUCAAACCAGUUUUUAAUCAACACCAAUUCCGAGUUGGCAUUGAUGUACAAUGACGAAUCGGUGUUGGAAAACCAUCACUUAGCCGUGGGGUUCAAACUACUGCAAGAAGACAACUGCGACAUCUUUCAAAACCUCACCAAAAAGCAACGCCAGUCACUACGCAAAAUGGUCAUUGACAUGGUUUUAGCCACCGACAUGUCAAAGCAUAUGAGUCUACUGGCAGAUCUGAAAACAAUGGUGGAGACGAAGAAGGUGACAAGUUCUGGAGUGCUGCUGCUGGACAACUAUACGGACAGAAUACAGGUUCUACGGAACAUGGUUCAUUGUGCAGAUCUCAGCAACCCCACAAAGUCCUUGGAGCUGUACCGGCAGUGGACCGACCGCAUUAUGGAAGAGUUCUUCCAUCAGGGCGAUCGCGAGAGAGAGAGGGGCAUGGAGAUCAGCCCCAUGUGCGACAAGCACACAGCUUCAGUAGAAAAGAGCCAGGUGGGCUUCAUCGACUACAUCGUGCACCCUCUGUGGGAGACGUGGGCCGACCUGGUUCACCCGGACGCUCAGGACAUCCUGGAUACGCUGGAAGACAACCGCAACUGGUACCAGAGCAUGAUCCCUCAGUCGCCCUCCCCGCCCUUCUACGAGCAGGCCCCGCAUGGACUGGGAGCGGGUCAGGGCGGACAAGGCGACAAGUUCCAGUUCGAGCUCACGUUGGAGGAGGAGGACUUGGACGGGAUGGAGAAGGAUGACGACGAUGAUGAGGAGGAAGAUAGUCUGUCCCGGUCUCCUCCGCUGGACUAUCUGGACAGUCAGGACCAGGACGACAUGGAGCCCACCACAGCUAUCGAGAUCGUCACGCAAGAACCGUCUCCCACCGAUACAUAG